UUAUUUUCCGGUUUUCUAAGCAUUCCUUCUAAAAAUUCCUUCACUGUUUCUCAUCUUCCUCUUCUUAAACUCCUUUCUUUUCCGCCGGUAAACCUCCUCUUUUUACUCUACCGGAAAACCACCAGAACCAAAUUACUCAACCGUUUGUUUCCCUGCCUGAAGAUUCUUUUGAUUUGGAAACGGAAAAUUUCAGAUCUCUGUGAUUUUGUAGAAUGUGGAUUAGAUAAGUAUUAUUUUGGAUAUUUCACGGUGAAGAUCUUCUGUUAGGGUUUUCUUUGAGGUGUGUUUUGCUAAUUGAAGGAUUUAUAAAGGAGGUUUUCUCAGAAAUUGCUCGGUAUGAGAUGGUGGAAGGAAGGGUUUGUUUGUCAAGUGAUGCUAACAAUGGGUUAAAAAUUUUGAAGCAGAAGAGGUUUCAGCGGAUGAGUUCAGGUGUUGCACCUGAACUUUUAAAUGUUACUAAUAUGAUGACCAGAAGUGGAGGAGAUGCUCUUAGAGGCACAUCAUGUGGGACUCGACUGAACGUUCACCCAGCCACUUUUCCUCGUCUAGGUUCAAGUGGAAGGGAUGCUUUUUCUAAGCAUAAGGUGGAUAAGUUUGAAAUAGCUGAUCUGGAUUGGACUGACAAAAUUCCAGAGUGCCCUAUAUUUUAUCCAACUAAGGAUGAAUUUGAAGAUCCCUUAGUAUAUCUGCAAAAGAUUGCUCCAGAGGCUGCAAAAUAUGGUAUAUGCAAGAUCAUUUCUCCAGUCAAUGCAUCUGUUCCAGCUGGGGUUGUACUGACGAAAGAGAAAGCUAAUUUCAAGUUCACGACUAGAGUGCAACCUCUUCGGCUCGCUGAGUGGAGUACCGAAGACAAAGUCACUUUCUUUAUGAGUGGAAGAAAUUAUACAUUUCGGGACUUUGAGAAGAUGGCAAACAAGGUGUUUGCUCGUAGAUAUUAUAGUGCUGGAUGUCUUCCUUCCACAUAUAUGGAGAAGGAGUUCUGGAAUGAAAUAGCUUGUGGCAAGACAGAAUCUGUUGAAUAUGCAUGUGAUAUUGAUGGUAGUGCUUUUUCGUCUUCUCCUAUUGAUCAGCUUGGGAAAAGUAAAUGGAACUUAAAGACACUUUCUCGGUCGCCUAAUUCCAUACUGCGUCUUCUCGAAAAUGCGAUUCCGGUAUUGAAAUUUUUCCUUUUCUUUGCAUUUUCUUCAUUUGUCAGCAUAAAUUAUCAUCACUGUGGGGCAUCAAAAACUUGGUAUGGGAUUCCUGGUGACGCUGCUCCUGAUUUUGAAAAGGUUGUUCGUGAACAUGUCUACACUCAGGAUAUUCUAUCCACUGAUGGGGAAGAUGGUGCCUUUGAUGAACUUUUGGGUAAAACGACGAUAUUUCCUCCAAACAUUUUGCUAGAACACGAUGUUCCUGUGUAUAAAGCUGUACAAAAGCCUGGGGAGUUUGUUAUCACCUUUCCACGGGCAUAUCAUGCAGGGUUUAGUCAUGGUUUCAACUGUGGUGAGGCAGUGAAUUUUGCAAUCGGUGAUUGGUUCCCAUUGGGGGCUGUGGCUAGCCGACGUUAUGCACUUCUUAAUAGAGCUCCUCUUCUUCCUCAUGAGGAACUUCUUUGCAAAGAAGCAAUGUUUCUUUCUAGGUCUUCAUCCGUAACAACUGAUGUCCAGGAUGGGGAGUAUUUGAAAUUGGAUUCUAACCGUUGCGUUAAGGUUUCAUUUGUGCAUCUAAUGAGAUUCCAGCAUCGUGCUCGCUGGUCAUUAAUGAAGCAAAGAGCUUGUUCAAGUGUUUCUUUGACAUCUCGUGGUACGGUUCUCUGCGGUAUUUGCAAACGAGAUUGCUAUGUAGCAUCCGUUCAGUGCAACUGUUCUCCUCAACCGAUUUGCCUCCUUCAUGGGAUUGAAUCAGUUUGCCCAUGUGGCAGCAGUCGUGAUCUUUAUGUCAGGGAAGACCUUAUUGAAAUGGAAGCUCUGGCCCAGAAAUUUGAGAAGGAAGAUGGAAUUUUGGACGAGGUUCAACAGCAACUAAAAUCUGGAAGUGAUUUGUGUUUGCAGUCAAAGUUAUUUCCAGGCCCUGAUCAGUCCGGCUAUGUUCCGUACUGUGAUAUAAAAUUUGAGCAAAAUCUCCAAGCUAGAACAGAUUUGAACAGUGAAGAGUUUAUUAAAACUGAACCUUCUCUCGCAUCUGCAGCGUCAACACUAUGUUCGUUUCUAGAGCCCAAGCAGGCUGUUCCUACCAAGGGUUCUGAGGAAGUACCACUCAGCGCAUGUAAACCUUUACAAUAUUCUCCAUUAUAUGACAAAUCUUUGCGUUAUACCAGAGACAGUUCUCAGGGAUCUCAUAUCUCAUCCAAUGUUGAUCAAUAUGAUGAUGAUUCUGAUACAGAGAUAUUCAGAGUAAAACGUAGAUCUUCCAUGAAAAUGGAGCAAAGGUCUGUAAAUGAUACGGACUUGAAGUUUUCUGAGCAACAGAGGCUUAAAAGACUCAAGAAGCUCAAUCCAGAAGGGAGCAAUGAGCAGAUACAAUCAUCUGACUGUAACACUACCAAGAAAACGGACCGGCAUUUUGUAACCAUUUCUAACUCGAAAGAAGCUUCUGUUCUGGCUUCGAAGUACAGGAUCAACUUAGGGAAUGCAGUUACACCAGGCACCAAAUUCAUAGCUUCUAACAAGGAUGACAAUUUGGGAGCAAGAGAAAUCAGCAGAAAACCCAACUUCCAUAUGAACAGAGGAAAGACUGUGAGAGAACCAUCAUUUAUUGAUAUUGAGCCAAAGCGCCUUAAAGUUAAAGGCCCGUCAUAUUACUUUAGCAGCAGUGAGCAGGCUGGGCCGAACAGUAGUAGAUAUUGGGGAACUGACAGAAACGUGGAAUGAAUAAUGAGGAUCCUUCGCUCGAGGAUGUAUAUCCUCUGCCCGACUUCGCUAUUAACUUCAUUCUUAACUCAAUGUAGGGGCUCUAACAAUUUUUUUAGGGGAAAGCUGAAUUUGACAGUGGGAGCACACAACAGCUAUUAACAAAAGCGGGGUUUUGGAGAAAAUAACCGAUUCUUUUCGUGCUUUGCCUUAAUGGAGGCAACCAUCACUUAGGAUUCUUCUGUUCUCUGGCCGAUUGCGGGUUUUUUCACUCAUUGGGCUAGGGCAACUUGUUUGCACAGAAUAUUUAGGAGUUGUUGGGUAGUUGUGAGAAAUGUGAAUGUGUAAAUUGGUUUGGUUGAUUGAUCAAUCUCAACAUCUUGUGAGACAGGGUUAGGCUAUUCCUUGCACAGGUCUAUCAGAGUCUCAGUUUAGGUUAAGUCUCCUGCUAUGUUUCCCCGAUCAAUUUCUUUAUUCUUUACAACGAUGGGUAACACAUCAUUUGUGUACCUCGAUCUAAUAAAAAAAUCACAGAAUUUAGUUUUAACA